AAAGUUCACAGUGAAGUAAAGAGAGCAAACAUCAGAAUGAGGACGAGUUGUGUGGUGCUGCUGCUCAUGGCAAUAAACUGCACCCAAACACACCAGGCCUCCAUCACUGACUAAUGCAGCCAAGUUUAAAUACAGCGGGGCAGUGCAGGCGGCCGUGUUUUGUGUGAGACUAAUCCUGCAUGGACUUGUCGCCAUGAGCAACAAGGAUAUGGUUUCCACGGAGACAGAGAAUAAAGGACAGAGGAAGGUGUUUCUUCCCAACAAGCUGUUGGAGUGUCUCCCUCGCUCGUGCAGUCUGCCGAACGAGAGGUUGCGCUGGAACACCAACGAGGAGAUUGCGUCUUACCUGAUAUCUUUUGACAGACAUGAUGAGUGGCUCUCCUGCACCCUGAAGACCAGGCCCAAGAACGGCAGCAUCAUCCUGUACAACAGGAAGAAGGUGAAGUACAGGAAGGAUGGGUACUGCUGGAAGAAGAGGAAGGAUGGAAAAACGACGAGAGAGGACCACAUGAAGCUGAAGGUCCAGGGCAUGGAGUGCCUGUAUGGCUGCUACGUGCAUUCCUCCAUUGUGCCAACAUUCCACAGGCGAAGCUACUGGCUGCUGCAGAACCCAGACAUUGUGCUGGUCCACUACCUGAAUGUGCCGUCCCUGGAGGAUUCUGGGAAAUGCAGUCCGCUGCUGUGUGCUGUGGCCGACCGCCACGACAGCAUGAGGUGGAGCCGAGACGACCUGCUGACCCAGCUGAAGCCCAUGUUUCACAGUAUGAAGUGUUCGGUGGGUUCAGGCGAUUUCAGUAUUGAGGAGUUGGUUCAACACAUUCUGGACCGACAGAGAACCAAACCACAGCCGCGCACACACACCUGCCUCUGUAACACUGCGCAGGCGUCUUCAGGAGUGAACAUUCCUCACCGCUGCAACAGCACCAAGCAUCGCAUCAUCUCCCCCAAACUGCCUCCCUCCUCCUGCCGACCAUCCCCCUCGCCGCUCUGCUCUGAGGCGGUGGAGGCAGUGCAGAGAGCAGGGGAAGGCGAAGCCAAGCUGCCUCACCUCCAGGCUCAGAGCAGCCCCGUCUCGUCUCCCUGCCCCUCCUCCACCUCGGCCUCAUCUCCCCCUCAGCCUCACAGAGCCACCAUCACCAUGAGUAACCGCGGCAACGGCUUUUAUGGCGACCGCAACCUGACAACAGUGGCACUGCCUCAUAAUGCGGUGAUUGUCAUGACGACGACCACCGACUUUGCUGGAGGAGGGGGGGGCAGGGCCAAAGGAGGGGAGACGGGGCCAAGGAGGAGCCUGUCACUCACCCGCUCUGGCCAGUUGCUGCUCUCUCCUGCCCUCCCUCCUCCUGCUGGCAAGGCCACCUCCCCUUCCCCUCCCUCUUCCUCCUCACCUGCUCCUCCCUCUCUCCCCCCUGCCUCUGUGCAGGCGCCUGGUGUGGCCACCCUGUCCCUCACCCUCCUCCCCUCUCCUGUCAUUGGAGGCCUGCUCCUUACCCCGUCUUCAUCCAGCACCUCUUCCGCCUCCCUCCGCUCCCCUCCAGCUUCUGCUGCCACUUCUCCUCCCUCGCCCCCUUCCUCACCCACACAUCCAUCACCUCCCCCAUCUCUUCCCCUGGCCUUUGACCCUGACUCCUUCCUCAACUCCCCCAAACAAGGCCAGACGUAUGGUGGUCCUCCUCCUCCCUCCUCUUCCACACCCUCCCCUGUCCUCUGCUCUUCCUCCCCUUUGUCUCCCCCCCUCUCCCCCACCUCCACCCCUCCCUCC